AUGUUGGUAGACCUGAUAAAGAAGACUAACGCAUCACUAAAGGAAGAUUUUCAAGAAAAUAGAGAAGAAGGAAGAAUAUUCCAAGAAUCGUUAGUGAAGAGUUCACAAGAAACAAGAGAAUCGUUAGAGAAGCGUUUACAAGAAACUAACGCAUUGUUGGAGCAGGGUUUACGAGAAACAAGAGAAUCACUAAAGGUUUUACAAGAAAAUAACACAUCAUUAAAGGAAGAGUUACAAGAAACUAUAGCACAAGAAAUCAAAACAUCACAGAUGAAGAUGGAAUGUAAUCUAAAGAAGGAAAUACAGGAGCUACAAGAACAGUGGAAAAUGGAUAUCAACGAGAGAGAGAAUAAGCUGCAGGAGAGCAUAGACCAAGUCCAGGGAGACGUGGAGAAGGUGGAAGAAAAGUUAACAAAAAAGAUAGAAGACGAUAUUAAAGAAACGAAGGCAGAGUUGGGAAAAAGAAUCAACGAAGUGGAAACAAAUUGCAAUCAUCGAAUCGCCGAGGUGACGCAGAUGCAGAAACAAUGCAACGAGGCGGUUAAGGGGAUAGGAGAUAGGCAAAACCAACUAGCUGUCAAUCUGAGAAAUGCGAUAGCCGUACAACGAGAAGAGGAUAACAAGAGGGUUGAAAUGGAGGUCAAGCAGUUACAACAGGGAGUACAGCAAUUGGAAAGCAAGACAGAAGAAAUUGAUAGACGAAUUAGCGAUGCCACCUUAGCCGUUGGGGGAGCCGCCCCCGCCGCCCCCGGCGCCGGCGCGGCACCUCUGGGGGCCGUUAUGAAGGCGCCGGCGGUCGAUACGGCGCCAGCGGCGGCGGCGGCGGCGGCGGCGGCGGUGGCGCUCGCCGGGCGUCAUUGUUUGCAGCUUUCCGGUCUCCCAGGCCGCCGGCGCAGCCCCAAAACGUCGUCAUUCUGCCGCUACCUCUCUCCCCGUCGCCUUAUUGCCUCCGUGGGCUGA